GGCUAAUUAGAAUAGAGGUUGAGUAAACUGAGUAAAGGAGGGGUUAAAGUGGGUCAUGAACGUUUUAUUCAUAGCAUACGCUUUUAUUAUAUUUGCCAGGCUUCACCCUGCAGCCUAACUUUUGGUACUGUGUUUUAGUUUUUUGUAAGUUUGUUGGCGCGAAGCUAGCAUUAGCACCAAAGAGGUUUAUAACUAGUUAGCAUUAGCUAGCAUCACUUUAGCUGCAUGCUAACGUUAUUCAACAGCACAGAGAAGAGACAGGUGAAUUACUGUAGUUCUCUCUGCUGACGUUAUACCGAUCACUGAAGAGUCUGCAACGUCCAAAGGGCGAUGUUGUCAGUGAUUGCCCGGUCAGUCCUCACCAAAUACAGGAGGUCCUGCCUGCCCAGUCAGGCUGUGGUCAGGGCCAUGUCAUCUUCAGGAGGCACCUCCUCUCCUUACACCACCCUGGCCAUCAGUCACCCAGCAGAGUCCAUCACACAUGUGGAGCUGCACCGCCCGGAGAAACGCAACGCCAUGAACAAAGCUUUCUGGAGUGAGAUGGUGGAUUGCUUUAAUGUGAUAGCUGCAGACCCUGACUGCAGAGUGGUGGUGGUGUCUGGAGCCGGGAAGAUCUUCACAGCUGGUAUUGACCUGAUGGACAUGGCCAGUGAUGUACUCCAACUUGAGGGUGACGACACGGCCAGAAUGUCCUGGAAACUGAGAAAAAUUAUAACCAAAUAUCAAGAGACGUUCUCCGUCAUAGAGAAGUGUCCAAAGCCUGUUCUGGUGGCCGUCCACGGAGCCUGUGUUGGCGGAGGUAUUGAUCUGAUCACAGCCUGUGACAUUCGUCUGUGUACCCAGGACGCCUGGUUCCAGGUAAAGGAAGUUGAUGUUGGACUUGCAGCAGAUGUUGGAACUCUCCAGAGACUUCCCAAAGUCAUUGGCAGCCGCAGCCUAGUGAACGAGUUGGCUCUGACUGCCAGGAAGAUGUACGCCGAUGAAGCAAAGAGCAGCGGACUGGUCAGCCGAGUGUUUGCAGAUAAGGAGGCCAUGAUGGCUGGAGCUCUGGAGAUGGCCAGGGAGAUCGCUGGUCGCAGCCCUGUAGCUGUGCAGGGCACCAAAGUCAACCUAAUCUAUUCCAGAGACCACAGUGUAGCAGAGGGACUGGACUACAUGGCCACCUGGAACAUGAGCAUGCUUCAGACUCAUGAUGUGAUGAAAUCAGCUCAGGCCUCCAUGGAGAAGAAGAGUCCCAAGACGGUAGCUUUCUCCAAACUCUAAACCUCAAUUACACAACACAAAAGCUGCUGUUUACUCCUCCAUUGUGGCCUUCCAUGGGAACCACGUGUGACUUUGUCUUUUUAAGAUAUCUAGCCAUCUGUGGCCGUUUGACAAUGACAUAAUGUGACUUAAUAAAGAUGGCUUGAGUCCACUGCUGGAAAUAUUAUGUCAAGAUCUAUAUUACUGUUUGCCUGGAAAAGCCUCCAAAACAUUUUGAUAACAGGAUACUGUUCUUUCCAUUUAAACUGAGGAAUUAAAAAGUCAUCUAUGUGUGAGGUCAGAAUCAUAACUAAAGUUGGGCUAACGUCCUGCCCGGGUGACGUCUUACAAGCUAAUAAGAAGUCACUCUCAGCUCGUCGCAGUAAAGCAGUAACAGCCAGCUUGGUAAUUCUUUCAUCGACUUCAUGAAUGUUUUCUUAUUAAAGAAACUCAACUGACAGUUAGCGCUGACUGUGAUCCAUAGUAACCUGUUAUUUUGUCAAGUAAUUUUGCAACAAAGGUGCCAAACGUGGAUUCAAAUAACUUAAAAUGCUUUAUUAAUAAAUCUUUACAAAAUAACUUAAAUGUACAAAAGCAUAACUAGAACACAUUCAGACCCACUACAGAUUCUGCUUGGCACGAAGUUUCUGUAAGGUUUUCUGUGAAGAGAUGUGAGAAAAUAUUCUGGAAUCAACUUCAGGCAACCAAAACAAGAUAUUUUGUUGCUUGCAGUUCUGUAAUAAGCACAUUAUGUUUAAAAACAUUUUCUCAAAUAAACACAAAUAAUUCCAGUGUUUA